AUGGAAAAUCGUCAAACAUCCACAGAAGAAUAUGAAUCGCUACAACGACCUGGUAAAUCCUCGUUGACAAUUCAAUUUGUGGAAAACCAUUUUGUUGAUUCUUAUUAUCCUACCAUCGAGAACACUUUUAACAAAGUUAUAAGAUAUAGAGGACAAGAGAUCGCUGCAGAAAUCAUUGACACUGCAGGUCAGGAUGAACAUUCAAUUUUGAAUUCUACGCAUGGCGUCGGAAUACAUGGCUAUAUUUUAGUAUACUCGAUUACUUCUAGGCAAAGCUUCGAGAUGGUGAAGAUUAUCAGGGAUAAGAUUUUGAAUUUUACAGGAAGAGAGUCUGUUCCUAUUGUUCUUGUUGGCAAUAAAACAGAUUUACAUUUGCAAAGGCAAGUGGCUCCCGAAGAAGGUAGAGAUUUGGCUUCACUAUGGCAUUGUGCAUGGACUGAAGCUUCUGCAAAACAUAAUGAAAAUAUAACUCGUAUUUUUGAACUCAUGAUAAGUGAAAUUGAAAAGAAUCUCAACCCAAAUGGCGAAGAGCAAAGCAAUUGUAUUGUCAAAGCUCACGAAAGUGACGGUUUGGACGGCUUCCUUCUAGUACGACCUGUAUGGGUCGACGAUGAGACCGUCAAAGCUUGCAAAGGUUGCGAAACGUCCUUUACUCCUUUAAGACGAAAACAUCAUUGUCGUCAAUGUGGGAACAUAUUCUGUCAAGAAUGCACUUCAAAAAACAUUGCAUUACCUCAAUUAGGUUAUUUAAAACCAGAACGUGUUUGCAGUGGAUGUUUUGAAAUCGCAUAUCUUGUCGGAUAUGUUAUUUCAAAUGACAAGUCGACUCAGACACACGGUGCUCGAGGGUUACUUGACAUUGUUGAACGUGGAAAUGAACAAGAAAUUUUUCAUCUCAUCACUAAUGGGGGAUUAGACGCGUUAGUAUAUCUGUGUCGAGCCACUCAAUCAUGUGACCUCCAUUUAUUAGGAACCACAGCAUUGGCUAGUCUUUCUGGAAAUGAAUCAUUUAAAUCUCAUAUUAUUAUGAAAGGAGGUCUUCCACAUUUAUAUCAUCUUAUCCUAUUGUACUAUAAUAAAUCAGAAUUAGAAACGUUAGAUUUAUCAGAUACUUUAAAAUUUUUGGAUUCCGUUUCGAGUAUUAUUUUAAAUAUUGCGAAUGUAUUAUAUUACUUGUCAAUCUCAGGUUCUUUAUGUCAACAGAUGCUAAUUGACGAUAUAGCUUUGGAUGCUAUUCUAAAAUUAGCAGAUUUCCAACUAGGAACAUUGUAUGAUGAUUCACCUGAAGAUGAUUCGCUUCCUUCUUAUGAAGAAAUACGUCUUCGUGUUGAAUUGGCUCGUAGUCUUGCAGCUAAAACAAUCUCAUGCCUUUCUACAUAUCCAUCUCAUCAGCUACUUAUUAUUGAAUAUCCCUUAAAUGGAUUGGAUCGUUUAAUGCGCUUAUUGCAUUCAAACAUUUAUGAAGUACGAAAAUAUGCCGCAAAGUCAAUUGCAUAUUUAUCGCUUAGAAACGAUAAAUAUAAAUCUAUCUUAAUUAAAGACGGUCGUGCUGAAUUGUUGACAUCUGUGAUUAGUCUUGAAGAUGAGCAAUCGCUAAAAGAUAAUCAAGUGGCAAUAUCACACACUUGUUGUGCGAUGGCUAAUCUGGCAACAAAUGCUGAAUCGCAGCAACUUUUGAUUCAUCAACCUUUAUUGUUAACCAAUUUGUGUCGAAUGGUUGGCUACUUUCUCACAGACAGAGAAAUCCAAAGGCAUGUAGCACGGUUAUUGGCCAAUUUCGCGUUAUACGAGGAUAAUAAGGCACGCAUGUUGUCAUAUCAGCUCAUAGCGAUUGAAGAACACGAUAUGAUCCAAAGUGAAGAAUCUUGGGAAAGUGUUAUUCCAGCACUUAUAGCUGUCGGUGAUUCUCCGGUGUCUGAUGUCGAAAUUCAACGCCAUAUCAUACGGGCGCUUGAUAACCUUUCUACAGAAGGUAUUCACGUACUUUAUACCUAA